GGGGCGGCGGUUGGUAACUGCCGGGCCGGGCUGAGCCGCAAAGCGGCGUUUAGCCCAGUUUGGAGGCAGGUGCCGUUGCCGGCGCCGCGGUUCAGCGAGCUCAGGAUGGCUUCUUCUGAAUUUCAAGCGUUGUCCCAAGAUGAACUCCGAAAAAGACUUUAUCAGACAUUUAAGAACCGAGGUGUUUUGGACACACUUAAGACGCAGCUCCGAAACCAGCUAAUCCAUGAACUGAUGCAUCCAAUUUUAAGUGGAGAACUUCAGCCACAACCAGUGUCCAGUGAAGGCAGUUCAUUGUUAAUUGGAGCUUCCAACAGCCUGGUGGCAGAUCACCUGCGCAGUUGUGGCUAUGAAUAUUCACUUUCUGUUUUCUAUCCAGAAAGUGGAUUAAAAAAGGAGAAGGUGUUUACUAUGCAAGAUCUUCUGCAGCUAAUUAGAAUCCAUCCAAAAUCCAGUCUUUACAAGUCAUUGACUUCAGGAGCUCAGAAAGAGAACAAAAAAGGUUUUCUUAUACAGAUGUUAAUGGAGCUGACAGAGCAUCACCUAUGUAAGGAAAGUCGCAACACAGAAACUCAGACAAUCUCAAUACCUCCUUACAGAGAAUCUCUUGUUGAGAAACUUCAGCUGAUUGAUGAACAGUUUGCAGACAUUUAUCCCCAGCAUCAGAAAUUUGAGUCUUUAGAAGUGAAACUCAUUGAAUAUCGAAAAGAAAUAGAGGACCAGCUUCAAGCAGAAAUGUCUGAAAAGUUACAGCAUUUCAAAGAAGUUGAAAUAGCAAAGAUCAGAAUAGAAGAGAAAGCACAAUGCCAGAAAGAAGUUUCUGAUUUGCGUCGAGAGUUUGAAAGGACAAACCAAGCCAAGUCUGAGGCUCUGAUUGCUCGUGAAAAGAAUGCUAUUGAAAGACUUCAAAAACAACAGGAGAUUGAAGCAAAGGAGGUUUAUACACAAAGACAAAGUCUGCUGAAAGAUAUUGAAAUGAUAAGAACCAGAGAGGCAGAACUGAAGCAAAGAAUUGAAGGUUUUGAACUUGCUCAGAAACUUCAAGAAGAAAAAAAUAAAGCUGUUGAUGAUGCACUGCGACGUCGGGAGAUAGCUGUGAAGAACAUUGAGGAGACUUACGACCAAAAGCUUAAGAAUGAACUACUGAAAUAUCAACUCGAGUUGAAGGAAGAAUAUAUAGCCAGAACCACUAGGGUUACUGAAGAUGAGAAAAAGAAUAAAGAGAAGGCUAUACUGUUGCGUGAAGAGACCAUUGCUGUUAAUUCAAAGAAGGAAGAACUCAAACAAGUUGUAUCACAUGCAAAAGAACUUGAGCUGGAGCUGGAUUCAGUAAAGGCGCAGGUGUUAUUGGUAAACAAACAGAAUCAGUUGUUGAUAGAAAAAUUGAAAGAGAUUGCGGACUAUCCCUUGUUAAAGGAAGAGAAACUGGAGCUUCAGGUGCAAAAUAAACUACUUAGACAACAACUGGAGGAGACUCGCAAUGAAAACCUGCAUUUCCGAGACAAGUUAACUCAGCCAUCAGCUGAACAUGUAGCCUGCCAGGCAGAAUUGAGGCGAGUUGAACAUGCUAAAAAGCUGGAACAGGAUGAGUUUGAAACCCAUAAACAACUUCUGGAAAAGCAACUGCAAAGUGAGGUUGAACGUUGUGCACAAUUAAAGAUCCAGCUGUUAGACUAUGAAACUACUAUCAGAAAGCUAAACGUACAGGUUGAAGAUUUGAAAAUGCAGCUGAAGCAAACACAGACAGUUCUAGAGAAUGAAGUGUAUCGGAAUCCCAAGCCUUCUCUUGUUGAUCGUUCUGUCAUUGACUUCACUGGUGAUAGGAUUGUACCUCAUGACAUUUAUGUAGAUGGUGCUUUCUUGAAGAACCGGGCUGUUACUGAUAUUGUUGUGGCAGAUGAUGUUCCAAGCGUUGGUUAUCGCCAGCAUUCACGGACCUGCAACUCUUCUCCAGAUUCUGACCUUGAAUUUGUCGCCAAAACCAAAGCUAGGAUAAAAGAACUAGAAAAAGAGGCAGAGUAUUUGGAAGAGGCCUACAGAAAUUACCAGCAUAGAGUCAUUCAAGGUGCAGUUGCAAGCAGGACACCAACAAAGACUAAGUCCCCUCUACGUUUGCGAAAUGCUGUUAGAUUCCCUUUGGCUUCUCAACACAGAGUUAUGUUUGUAGAAGACAACCUUGGCUCUCAGCAUUUCUCUCUUAGCAGUCCGAGAGGCCCAAGAUAUGUUACACCUGGGCAUGAUGAUGUCUUGAAAAAUCAUCUAACUACUCCCCGAAGAAGAGUCUCUUCCUCCAGACGUCUUUCUUCUACUCCUCUUUCCAAAGUGGAGAGAAACAUCAAUAGCCAUAUACUUCCAGAAGAUAGCAGUGAGUCGUACCUAGUCUCUUCCCAACAGAGUGUCGACCAGCCUCUUUCUCCUAUUUUGAGGACAGGCCAUCUUUCAUCUUCUGAGUCUGCUCCUUCCUCUCCAACCAGUCAUGGACAAAAGUUGAGUCUUCGUGAACAGCAAGCUGAUAAUCAGGACUUCAAUGACUCUUCAAAGCCAGAGAAGCUAGCAUAUGAGGACCUUGAAGAACAUGAUUCUUCUCUUAAAUAUCAAGGGGACAUUCCAGAGCAGCUCGAAAGUGAUGUGUCACAUCCAUCUGGGGACAGCGUCAAUGGGAGCAAUGUCACAAACGCUAUGCCAGCAACAGCCACUUCACAGCAGGAUUUAACAGUGGUUGAUCAAAGCCAGUCUGAAGAACAGAAAAGAGAAGAGAAUGAGAAAAAAUGGGAAGAAGAAAGGAGAGAAAGAGAAGAAAGAAGGCAAAGAGAAAGGCAGGAAGCACUGGAAAGGGAGGAAAGAGAACUAGAAAAACUGAAUGAAGAAAUGAAGUUGAUCCAAGAUUCGUUGAAAAGUGAAGAAGAAACAAAAAAGACAGACCGUGAAGUGGAAGACUCAGAAAUCAGUAAUCCUGACGCUAAAGACAAUUUGUGUGACCCUCAUCCUAAUCCACUAGAAAAAUACAUGAAACUGAUACAGCAGAGCAGAGAGCAGGAGCUGACAAACAAGAGCUCCAAAAAAGAGGAAGCGGAAGAAGUAUCACUGAUAGAGAAACUUCUGUCUAGUGAAAAAGAUGACAGUGCUGCAGGCGUCUCUCAUGGAGAACCGGAUGAAGACUUCUGGUGAAUAGCAGCUACUAUCUCCUAAUGACCAGCACAAUGGAGGAUGGUGUGAAGUUAUGUAAACAGUCACUACACCACAAGAACUGAAUAUUUUCAUGCACAAUGGUUUCAGCUGGGGAUCAGAAUUAAAGUUUAACAUGUUCAUAUUAAAAAAAUUAGAAGCCUUUUACAAAGACAUUAUCCCAAAUGAGUAAUUUUAGAUGAAUCUACUAUGGACUGGUAGUACUAAUAGCUGCUAAAAUCAUAAGCACACGGCCUAACCUUUGUGUUUUAAGCUUUCCCAUAUCUUUACAAAAUAUUCUAGGAGUCACUGCAGCCUGUUGAUCAGAAAGUGUUUGUUUUCGUACUCAUGAAAAA